AUGAAGCAAUUCGAUGCCGAAUUUCAAAACGUUUCAAUCGAAAAUAUCAAUAAAACAAAGCUGAGAAAGUUCGUCGAUGAACAUUUCACUCCAGCUGGAAGUGAAAUGAUGUCGUGCACACCAAUGGAUUGGCAUCCACAACCGUCAAAACUGAUGACUAUCGCUGAUCCUCAAUUAAGAGAAUGGGCAUUGAAAUUGAAUGCGAUUUGGCUAACCCUAUGUCGAAAGAUUGAUCCUGAGGUUGAGCAUGGCAAUGGUCGUCACUCGAUAAUCUAUCUGCCAAAUAACUUCAUUAUGCCGGGUGGUCGAUUCAGAGAAUUCUACUACUGGGAUGCAUACUGGAUCAUCAAGGGUUUGGUUGCUUCCGAAAUGUACGAUACAACAAAAGCAAUGAUUGAAAACUUGGGUUCAGUAGUUGAGAGGUGGGUAGUGAAGUGCGCAAUUUUUUUUUCGUUCUGA